UGACUGAGUGUCAGGGGCCAGCUGAGAUUCAAGCCCCGGCCAGCCCGACAGCGCCUCCCCCCACGCCGGGCUGCAGUGCGCUCCGGCGGCGAGGCCGCCUCCUCCCCUUCCCCUACCGGCUGGGCAGAGCCCGGGCAGCCGCCGCCGCCUCGGGGCCCGACCCGGGUCCUGCCGUGUCAACGCCUGCAGCCCGCCGGCCGGCCGGCCGCUCCAGCGCGCAGGCUCCGCUCGCCUCCAUCCCUGUGGAGAGGCCGGCCCUCGCACUCCCCUCCCCGCCUUCCUGCCCCCGCUGUGCAGCGCAGAGCCGGCGGCGGCAGCGGCAGCCGGAGCUGGGCCCUGUGCGCUAUGGAGCGCCCCGCGUAGCUGCUGCUCAGGGCUCGCCGCCCGCGGGACCAGGCUGCAGGAGAGGCGCUGGAGGGAGGCUUCUGCGAUCAAAAGCUGUUCUUGCACUUCAACAAAUUCUGAUUCCAGAUGCCCAGCCGGUGACUUCCUCCAGAACUGGCAAAUCUGUGUGGAAGAUGAAGUUUAUUCCUGCUUAAGGUUGUCAUCCUAAAUAGUAAAUGGUAAAAGAAUGUGGGAUAAUCCAAGUCUCCGAUGUCUCCUAGCAAUAGCUUUCUUACAUUUGCUGAGCUUAAUAUAUAGUCAGGAGACAGGUUUUCCAGAAGCACCCUGGAGUUUGAAAUGUAUCACACAUGACUUAAACAGAAUGAUCUGUUCCUGGGAUGCCACCUCCAGUGCAAACCUUGGACUGACUUACAAGAUCUGUUAUACAAACAGUGAGCCAUUCUCUCCAGUGUGUAUUGAAACUGGGGAGAAAAGGGCAGAUAUUCCAGUGGCAAUGGGCUCCACUAACAUACAGAUAACCACACUAAAUGCUUCUGGAACUCCUUUAGCUACUGAAACAUUUGUAUUGCCUGAGGAAAAUGUUUCACUUAUUCCACUCACCCCCCAAAUUCUUAAUCUGAAUGCCGACUUUUCAACUUACACAUUAUAUAUGAAGUGGAACGAUAGUGGCUCAGUCUUCCAACAUGAAUUAGAUGCCAGCUGGCAGAUUCAGAUUCUGCGUAAGGAAACAAUGGAGACAGUGACACUAAUGAAUUAUGAUUCAAAAUUGACUGGCAAAGACUCUAUUCUUUCUUGGAAUUGGACAUCUGACAUACCUUUGGAGUGUACUUCACACCAUGUGAAAAUUAGAUGUUAUAUUAAUGAUCCAUAUUUUAGUGGUAGGAAGGAAUGGAGUGAAUGGAGCCCAAUUAAAACAGUUCCUGGAAAAGAUACUAAGCUCAGUAGUGCUGUGGUUUUUCCUCAAGACAAAGUGGUACUAGUGGGCUCAAAUGUCACAUUUUGCUGUUUAUACAACGAAGGGGAAAGUAUAAAAUACAUGAAAUACGGAUCAAAAAGUUAUUCACUCCUUCACCUCAGCAAGUGGAGCAGUGCAAUCAAAGUGCAGAAUGUCAGUGCUUCAAUUUCUAGUGGGACAAAUGUAUGGUGCUCACUGCUGCCAGAUAAUGCGGCAGGAACAGUAUUAUUUGUAGGAUAUGCCCCUGAUACGCCACAAAACCUGAACUGUGAAACACGCACCUUUAUUACUAUAACGUGUAGCUGGAACCCAGGCAGACCCACGGGACUGUACAGGCAACGGCAAACAAAGUAUAUUUUAUUUGAAAGAAUAUCUAGAGAAAAUGUUACAUGCAAAGUAGAUGAAUUGAAUAAGAAACAUCACUGUGACUUUCCAGUGCAUGCUAAUCAAAAAAUCUACAGUUUCACACUAGGAGCUUCCAAUCCUCUUGGUCGAGCAGAAUCAUCGCUCUUAAUUGAUGUAAAUCAAAGAGUUAAUCUGGAAACUCCUGAUAAAUUCACUGUGAGCGCUAAUAGUUCAACAAAUGCCCAUCUGUCUUGGUAUAUACCUGGCAACUUUAUUCAAAUCAGACUUUUGUGUCAAAUUGAAAUUAGUAACAGUAAUUCAGAACGACAACUGCGGAAUGUCUCAAUGGCCGGUGCAGAAAACUCAAAUUACAGAGCUCGGGCGGACGCAUUACAUCCGUACGCCACAUACACGUUCCGAGUGCGUUGUUCAGCUUCUGAGCAUUUCUGGAGAUGGAGUAAAUGGAGUGAGACAAAAAAGCUCACAACUUUGGAAGCCCCUCCUGCAAGAGGACCGGAUAUCUGGAGAGAGAGAAGUCCUGUCAGAGAAACUCUAACAGUCUUUUGGAAGCCAUUACUUCUUUCUGAAGCCAAUGGAAUAAUACUGUCCCAUGAAGUGUCAUGUUACCUGCGAGAGACAAUGCUUGAAGUCCCUGUACCCUUGAACAGCACUGAAAUAAAACUUGAGGGAAAUGAUUGUUUAAUUAGUGUUGUAGCCAAAAAUCAUGCUGGCUUAUCUCCCCCUUCUAGGAUAACUAGUGUGGAUCUUCCAAGCGACAAUGUCAAAACAGAGCUGGCAAUUGCAAUGGGAAAUGGAAUUUACAUUUCUUGGCAUUCUGACCCCAACGUGACCUGUGGCUACACAUUAAAAUGGUGUAUUUCAUCUGGAUCUGAACCCUGUAGUGUGGACUGGGAAACGUUUCCUUCAAAUGCAACAGAUGCUGUGAUAAAAUCUGCUCUAUUUCAACCUGGUGUGAGAUACAAUUUUUCACUAUAUGGCUGCAAACACAAUGGAUAUCAGUUAUUACAGAAUAUAACGGGAUACAUGAAAGAAUUGCCUCCAAAGGUAGCACCAAAUUUUACUGUAGAAGAAACCUCUUCAGAGUCAAUAUUAGUAAAAUGGGAAGACAUUCCUGUUGAAGACUGCCAGGGCUUUUUAAAGGGAUAUAUUCUUUACUUUGCAAAAGGGGAGAAAGGUACUUCAAAGACUAAUUUUAUGGAAGAAGGGUCUCCUGAGCUAACAGUUAAGAAUAUUACUGACCUAACAAAAAAGUCUUUGAGAAUACUUGAUCUUCAAGGCAAAACAAGUUACCGACUGGACUUACGAGCCUAUACCGUUGGUGGGAUAGGCCCAUCGAAAGACCUGUAUGUGGUGACAAAGGAGAAUUCCAUGGGGUUGAUCAUUGCCAUUCUCAUCCCAGUGGCAGUAGCUGUUGUGCUUGGAGUAGUGACCAGCAUCCUUUGCUACCAAAAGAGGGAAUGGAUUAAAGAAACGUUCUACCCUGACAUUCCAAAUCCUGAGAACAGUAAGGCAUUGCAGUUUCAGAAGAAUAUAUGUGAGGGGAACACAGCUCUUAAAACCUUGGAAAUGAACCCUUGUACCCCGAAUAGUGUGGAAGUGGUGGAAACGCGAUCCACAGUCCUUAAGAUAGAAGACACAGAAAUUAUAUCCCCUGUAGCGGAUAGUGAGCUUCCUGAAGAUGGGUCUGACCCAGAAACAGGAAGCCACGUGGUAGUGUCAUACUGCCCACCAAUCAUUGAGGAGGAGAUCUCCAGUCCACUAAUAGAUGAACCUGUGGGAUCUUCUCAGCUCAUUUAUAUUGACAUUCAGUCAAUGUAUCAGCCUCAGAUUAAUCCAGAGGAAGAGCCAGAAAUUAACUUUGUCACUACAGCAGGCUAUAAGCCGCAAAUGCAACUGCCAAUUAAUUCUAUGAAAAUGGAGUGUCACUCACCUACAGAAGAGGACUUAGAUAAAACUGCGGGCUACAGACCUCAAGCAAACACUAAUGUCUGGAAGUUAGACUCUCCAGACUCUCCUAUAUCAAUUCAAAGCAACAAUGAAAAUGGAUCUUUUGGAAGUCCGUGCUCCAUUAAUUCUCGACAGUUUUUGAUCCCCCCAAAGGAUUAUGAAGACUCUCCCACCCCUAAUAACACAGGGUGGGCCUUUACAAAUUUUUUUCAGAACAAACCAAAUGAUUAGCAAUCAUGGUAAUCGUCAUUUCAUCUGAACCUGCCAUUCAAGAAGUUCUUGUUCCUAGUGUUGUCGUAACAGCAUGGGUUAUCCUUGGAGACAGUCGGCAGCAUUUUUUUUCAUGAGCUGAAUGUUACCACAUUUAAGUUAAAGUGUUAAUGUUCCAUUUUAAUACAGGCUAAAAACCCAAAGUUAUAGAAACUCAAUUGUUACACUACGAAGAUAUUGGGGUUUUGAGGCUGGAUCUCCUCGGAAUCCUAGUCAAAGAACUCUGUCUGCUUUCAAGUUGUGUUUCAAAAUCAAUAUGAUCUCAUACAACUUGUUACUUUGAAAGGGGUUCUGCUUCUGUUGUUAACUGGUUCUUAUUAUGAAUAUUCAGAAUGACUAAAUCCAAACCAAUUUACAAACUGUCUAGAUGAGGGUGAUGGCGGUAGGCAAACUUUUAGUCUAACAGCUGGAAAUUACAUGCUUAGAUUGGUAGUUAAUUAAAUCUGUUACCUAGACAUUACAAUUAGCACUUCAAUCUGUGCUUAGUUAAAGUCCCACAGGGAAAAAUAUCAUAAUCAUUUAACACUUUUAAACAAUGGCUAUUCAUGUUUGUUGUUUGAUAACCAGAACACUAGUUUCUGUACCUGCUGUACAAUGUUUAUUCAAUAUCUGACUCAGGGGUACAAACUUGGAAAAUGAGUAUAACACUGAUUUAAACCUCAACAAGAACUGCAAAAUGUUUAAACUUCAGCAUUAAUUUUUUAAACCUUAAAACACUAUAUUUUUUCUCUUUUGGUUAAGGAGGUAGUAUUUCCUAACAUAUUGCACUAAUGUGUUUUGUAUUUUAUAGCUGCAGCUCCAGAUCUGCUACCUCAAAGAGGUGACGCAUCUUUUUCUUCUAGAAACACUCAUUUUGACCAUUAUUAGUCUAGAACUAAAGUGCUGUGAGCAGGCCACCCAAAUGAUUCGUCUCAUUCUUCAACAGUCAUUGAUUGCACUCACCUAUCAGUAGAGACUGCUCCAUAGAUUGCAUUUAAUAGCACUAGCUGCCCAGGCAGAUUUGCUCCACCAGUGAGAAAGGUUGGUCUUUAUCUGUAAUAGUUCCCACCAACCAGGAAGACUCCGUGGCUAAUCUCCAGGAACACUAUCUACCAAACAGAGCACUCUUUCCAAAUCUUAGGUGGAAACAUAAGGUGGGAUUUCUCUACGGGCAAGGGGGAUCCCACGUAAGCUAAUGCCACUAAUGAUUUUUAAUAGCUACCUCCCCAGCACUGGUCACCUGAUGUAAUUUUCUAAUGGCAAGAUUAGUGUUUGUGUAUGUUUUAAAGAAAAGUUAAAAAUCAUCAUCUUUGAGUAUUUCUGCUUUCACACUUGCGUCACAUAAACCUGCUAUAAACAGCUCUAAUAGUAACACUUCAAUGUAUAAACAUUAGGUUGUGACAGAUGCAUCAAAAGAACCAAGCCAUUACUUCAUUGACUUUGUUUUUUAAAUGCUUUAUAACUUAAAUCUGUUACUAAUUGUUAAAAAGAAAAAAGAAAAAAGAAUAAUGGAGGGUCAGGAGAUACAACAUUGAAGGAAAACAGAGUGUCCUUAAGAUCUUAGCUGAAUCCUUUUAAGGUCUUGAUUUCAAGCAUUAAUUUGUGGCUCCUCAAAUAAUUAAAUUGCAGAAAUAGUUUUCUAAACCAAGCUCUGAGACAGCCCGUCCUGCUGAAUUUGGUAUCAGACCCACAGCUCUGAAGUAAUCUGAGCAGAUCAGGAAGACGGGUCUGCAAAACCAUACACAUCCACUGCAUGUGGAACUGUAAUCUGGCCACCCAUCAGACAAAAAUUACCUUAAACCUGAUCACAGCAAUACAUACUAAGAUUCUGUAUCUGCACCCACUCUUUUAUAUACUUCAAAGGUGGCAUAACUUACCAUGAUCUAUGUUUGGCUGAGUCACUUGGAUAAAAAUGAAUGUCUUUCUCCAAGUGUUCCCUAUCCUCUCUUAAACCAAAAAACACUGGAUGGAUCAGGUAUUGAUUUUUAUGUGACAUAAGAGGAUCCUGAUGAUCAGCUUGAUGAGGCUUGAAAGGCAGAAAACAAAAGAGGAUAUUAACCUCUUCAGAUCUGAUUUAUGGUGAAGGCACAUUGCUCCAUCAGGAUAUCAGAGAACAUCCUGUCCUCGGGACCACUCUGCAAAUGUGGGGAAAAAGCAGUUCCACACCUUGGUCUAUUAUCAGAAUUCUCAUUGACUUCCCAGAUGUGUGCAGGGUACCAGCUUUUCUUUCGGUAACUUCAGGUAACUUCAAAGGUUGGGCUGUCAAAGGACAGUAGAUUCUUGGAGAUUUUUAUCCCAAGUCAUAAUGCAACUGACUUUUGAACUGUUCAGAAUUAAAUUUAAUCUUUCUUGGGAUUUCUAUACAUACCUGCAAGUAACUCACUUCCUAGACAUGGUAGCUAAAUGAGAAACUCCACAAUUGGGAGUACCAAUUGGAAGAAACUCUGAUGGUGGCCUUACUCAAACUCUUCUGGCUACCGUACAAUUUUUGUUAAGAAAUGCAAGUACGUGCCUCAAGGUCUUUCAUCUCCUGAGCUUCAUAUCCAUAAGAUCUUCAGGAAGAGGCAUAACAAAUUAGUGAAGAUGUCAGCCAACCUUUGGGUCUGAAAGGGUAAAAUAGGAUUGAAUGACUAAUAUUGUUAAGUGAUUGAAUUUCUUUCCAAACCUGUGCAAAUGUACACUAAUCGCUGAAGCGCCUUAAAGAAAAAAGUAGAGUAGUAACUAGUCUUCCAUACCAAGGUUACUCUCUAUGCAUGGUGCUCUUUAACUUCCAUAAACAUUAAUGGGGGUUGUGAGGAUAAAGCCAUGUGUUUCAAAUGAAAUUAGGCUCCUUAACUGAUGUCUUGUAGCUUCCCAAUGAAAUCCCUUUGUUAAGAUAGGGUCGUUUUCCUGUUUCUGAAAAGCUUCUCAUAUAAUAGAAAAUUUUGCAAGACAUUUAUCUUUUUUAUAUCUCAGCCUUUGGAUUUAUUAAAAACCUAUAGAUAUUUACUUUAAAGUGGGGGGGGGGGGAAUAAAUGUUACUUCCAAAAGGGAGUUGAAUUUAAUAAUAAGGGAUUCUGUCAACACUCACUAUCACUCUUUUUUAGAUCACGGCUAGUAUUUCGGUUUUAACACUGUUGAGGCAUCUAAGAGAUGUUAAUGUGUUUUUUGCUUUUUUUUAAAUGUCAGGCAGUUUAAUUCUGGAGCAAAUAAUUUAUGCUGCUGCUUUUUAAUUUUGAGCCAUGUCUGGUUUGUAGGAUUUUGUUUUGUGGAAAGGAUUUUUGUAUUCUCUCCAUUAUUGAGCAUCGGUAGCAUUUGAUUUAUUUGUGUGUACUCUCUAGUCUAUGUUCAUUGUUUGUGUUGUAUUGACUGAUACAUGGGGACUUGGAAUCCUAACUGAUAUGACAUUUUAAUUAGGGUUGUAAAUUUGAAUAGCCUAUAUAUGAUAUACCUCACAAAGCUGGUUAAUAUACCAUCAAAUGUAGUAAGCUAACGUUACAGGUAGUCAGUGAAUUUUUUCCUCUGCCACGUGUUCUCUGCAUAUGCAGGCUUAGGACCUGAUCCUGCAAACAUUUACUACCAUGUAGGCCUCACUAUGGUAACUAGUCCAUUGAAGUAAUGCUACUACAUAGAGUAAUGAGCACCACAUCUGGUAGAAACUGCUUGCAAUAUUGUCGCUCAGAUUGAAGUCAAUUGGCAGAUUCAGCAUAUUUCUUAGAGUACGUCUGCACUUCGAGCUAGCAAUGUAUUUCCCAGCUCAACAUACUUUUGCCGGCUAAUGUCUCCUUGAGCUGGGAAUCUUACCUCCAGUGCAAAGUGUAGAUGUAUCUUUUGUUUUACAUGGUAGGAUGAGGGUGUUAGUUUUACAGGGAAGUGGGAUAGGGUACUUCUUCCCCUCUGAAGUAGAAACCUGUGUUACUCUGAAGAGGAAAAUACAGGCCUCUGAACAAAGUUCACCUAAGCAAAGCAAGUUUGGGCCUGAUAACCAUUUGAUGCAGGUUUAUAUUGUGUGGUCCCCUGAGACUGUCCCUCUGACCCAAGUUCAGUUGAAUGUGAAAUUGCUCAGAGAGGGAGAGUAAUUGCAGAAUCAAAGGAAAUUGUAUGCAUGGGAGGGGGCAAGAUAUUCCAGAGAGAAAUGUAACAAGAUCAUCAGUGCUAUAUUUUUAGUCAAUUUAAUUAUAUUGCUUUUUGUUUAUUGUACAUAUUAAAUACGCUACAGUAAUAGAUGUGACUAGCAUUCAAAAGCUAUAUUGGAAAUAUAAAGGAAAAACAUGAAAAUUGAUUAGACUGGAAGAAUCAAAUGGAUAGCUGUGCUGUGUUUUACUAUAAUAAAUAGCUAGCAUAUCCUAGCUUCUCGUGUAAAUAAAAUAGUAUUCUCAGUUCCAAAGUAGAGGAAUUUUGGGAGAACUUUAGUUCAAAUGGUUUUAAUAUCAUUUCUAAUUUUUUUAAAGGUCCUAAAUUAUUUAUGCAAAUAUAUACUUGUACUUAUACUGUACUUCCAUAUUGUAUAAUAAGUCAUCUUGAAAUUCCAGGACAUUUUAUCAGAGAGCCCCACUCUGGCAUAUGACGUAUUAGAGGUAGAACAUUUUCUAAAAUGCUAGAAAGGGGAAUGCUACCUGGACUUCCCACAACAUGGUUACAUUGUGGUUCAUGUUGUUGCAUGUAAAAUAUUGACUUGUGCAAUUAAUGUUUAAAUGGAUGCUGUUAGCAGUUGUUCUUUAGACUGUUGUAGUUUUUGUUUCAGUAACUCUCCGUUCUUUAGAGAGGAACAAGAACCCCAAAUCCAAAUACAUUCAGACUUCGGAGGUUUUGAAAUCCAAGCCCAGAUACAGCUCCAAACUUGGUAUGUUUAAAGAUCCAGUUCCACAUCCUGAAGCUUGGGCCCAUCUGUUAUUUUUUAAAUGUCCUCAUAGCAGCUGGAAAAUAGUUCCUUUCAUCAUAAUUAUUUUCUUUUCCAUUUGUCUAACACUGGAUUUCCCCCAGUGUUUCUAACAUAGCCAAUAUCUGUGGUUCCUUUUUCAUGUUAGGCAAACAAGUAUCAAAUGAGGCUAGCAGGAGUGAUGUUUUGCAGCCUCAGAAAUUGUCCCAGCAGGUGAAACAAUAGUUUUGCCCACAAAAUGGUAGCUAAUUUCUCUGCAGAAGGGAGAUGAAUAUCCACAUGAGUUUCAAACCUUGGCAGACCACAUUUUAAGCCUAAAUUAUUUCACAGGCUCCUUUUUAUUAUGUACCACUUAAGGAGAUAUUGCUAGAUAAAAUUUGGCAGAGUUAGGAUCUGUGUAAUAAGAAAAAAAAUCAAAAGCUAACACCAACAGAAAUAUUUUCAUGAUUUAAACAAUUCUAAUUGGAACAAUUUUUUUAAAACAAACAUUUGCAACUCAUAUUGCCGCAUUUCACUAAGGCAUGAGAACUAAAGAGUGUAAUCGAUUAGAAAUUGACUAUAAAGAAAAGUUGCUAAUUUAUUUUCAUUGUUCAAACUCAGAAAAAUUCAAAAAGUAAUCAGUUUAACUAGUGAAAAAUCAAAUUGAAUUAGCAAAGGGCUUCCUUUUACUUUAGAUUAUUCAAGGGUUUGUAACAAAAAUAAGAAAAUGAAUUUUUAAAUACAUUUUUAAUCUGGCAGUAUCUCUUUAUGUAAUAGUAAAAAGUGAAUGAGGAUGCGUAGUACUACAUUUCAUAGAGCUCCUGGAAUGCUUGCAAAGGAGGUUGACUUUCACUUUUGACUAUUUUGAUUCAGAUCUUGCCUAAAAUCCCGCCACAAUGCAAUGUAAUUUCAGUUCUAAACUUUAUCCUAUUGUGGUGCACAGAUUAAACGUUCUGGUAGUAUCCUCCAGGUGAUGAGAAAAAAAUAGUGUUAUGCUAAAAUGCUGUUGUUUAAAAACACAUACUGUGAAUGGGUUUAGUGGGUUUUUUAGGUCUCUUUUAUACCAUAUUUUUUUACAGCCUAAAUAUUAUGUUUAGAAAUGUUUUAUGUUUUUUACAUGUAUUUCAAUGGAAUCUGUUUAUAGCACUAAUGAAAGCAUUGUCCACUAAUUUCAAAUUGUAAAGUAUGAAGUUAGUUCUGAGAAUAAAUGAAGGUGAAAAAGACAGUCAAUUUAACACUCUUCCCUUUACAUUGCUUCUAAUUUAGAAAUUUACCACAACAGUUUUUUGCUGAAAUUGGCAUACAUUUCCAAAUCUGCUAUGUAUUUAAAACAGAAUAAUCACAAGGCACUUUAUUAAAUAAAGUUAAAACGCACCAAGUAAACAAAAUGUUGAUUCACGAAAAUGUAUUAGCAGACAGUUUUAUUGAAUGGACAUCUAAACAAACGCAUGCUUGGAAAGAGAAGUGUGACAUCAUGUUGGGAAACAUGAUAAUAUGGUAUGCUACAUUUAUAACUAACCUAGUACUAAGAUUCCACCUUUUUUGCAUACAUUUUAAGCUAGUUUGCUUGGCUGUGUAACUCUUGACAUAUUGCUUAUGUCUGUUUAAAAAUAUGCAUGUAUUUAACAGUUUUGCCAUAGUAUUGCCAUAGAAUUUAAUAAAUAUAUUUUCUUACUCUA